AACCAUCAUAUCCAUACCAUCCACAAUGUUGAACAGACAAUUUGUCCGUGGCUUUUCUGCAGCCACCCCAGCCAGAAACUACGCCUCCACCAUCAAGAACUUGAAGGUCACCUCCGACACCAAGGUCAUCUACCAAGGUUUCACCGGUAAGCAAGGUACUUUCCACGCCGAACAAGCCAUUGCUUACGGCACUCAAGUUGUCGGUGGUGUCAACCCAAAGAAGGCUGGCCAAACCCACUUGGACAGACCAGUUUUCGCAAGUGUCAAGGAUGCCAUCAAGGAAACCGGUGCUAGCGCCACUGGUAUCUUCGUCCCACCAUCAAUUGCCGCUGCUGCCAUUGAAGAAGCUAUCGAAGCGGAAAUCUCGCUUGCCGUCGCCAUUACCGAAGGUAUUCCUCAACACGACAUGGUCAGAAUUGCCCAAAUCUUGAAGACCCAGUCCAAGACCAGAUUGGUGGGUCCAAACUGUCCCGGUUUGAUUGCUCCAGAACAAUGUAAGAUUGGUAUCAUGCCUUCCCACAUCCACAAGAGAGGUAAGGUUGGUGUCAUCUCCAAGUCCGGUACCUUGACUUACGAAGCCGUUGCCCAAACCACCGCUGUUGGUCUUGGUCAAUCCUUGGUUAUCGGUAUGGGUGGUGACCCAUUCCCAGGUACCAACUUCAUUGAUGCCUUGACCUUGUUCUUGAACGAUAAGGAAACCGAAGGUAUCAUUUUGAUUGGUGAAAUCGGUGGUACUGCUGAAGAAGAAGCCUCCGAAUUCUUGAAACAAUACAACUUGACCAGACCAGAAGGUCCAAAGCCAGUUGUUUCUUUCAUCGCUGGUGUCUCCGCUCCUCCAGGUAGAAGAAUGGGUCACGCUGGUGCCAUCAUCUCUGGUGGUAAGGGUGACGCUAAGUCCAAGAUCGCUGCUUUGCAAUCUGCCGGUGUUGUCGUGGAACCAUCUCCAGCCAGAUUAGGUAACUCCUUGUUGGCUGAAUUCAAAAACAAGGGAUUGUUGUAAACUAAAUAGCCCUAGUUAGU